AUGCAUUUGGAUUUAUUAGAAAAAAGCGAAAAUACGCACAAAGAAUGCCAGAUAACAGUACCAGAAAAUGAUAAGAUUGUCAAGCAAUUAAUCGAUUCCGGUAUAUUUAUAGACACGCGCAGAUGGAUACGCAACAAACUGACAAUAAGUAAAGUUCAUCCAAAAACAUCAACUUACUUCAAAUCCACCGCAGCCAGAAGAAGUGAAGAAUACAGACAUUUAACUAAUCACUAUUAUGUGAUUCAUCCAUUUAGCUCGUUCACUUUAGUAUGGGACAUUAUUAUAUUCCACGUUUAUAUUCACAUGCUGAUAGUUUAUGCUUUUGAUGAUCUCUUCAUGGUUUCUAAGAAACAUUCGUAUUAUCUCAAUAUUCUGAAGUUUUCAGGUGAUCUGGUUUACUUUGUUGACAUAUGCCAUUUCUUUUUCAGAGGUUAUUAUGACACUAAUAUCAGUAAGGCUGUUCUGAAUGUGCAGAAAAUUAUCAAAAAGUAUCUUUCUACAGUUUUUAUCAUCGAUUUUAUAGCGAUUAUCCCAUCGAUAUUAAUGCCGUUUCAAUAUUUGGGUUACAUAAAUAUAAAGUACGAUCCCGUUCUCAAUAUCAUACAAUUUCUUGGAAUAAUAAGACUUUUAAGAAUCGGCCGUUGGUUGGAUACUUUAGAAAUGAUCGGUAGAUUCAACAAUUUUCCUACUUACAUCCAUAAAACGUUCAAAGUUUUAUUAGUGUAUUCGAUUAUUUUGUGUAGUUUGUACUUUUUCUUAUUUAAGACUCGUGGUAAUAUUAGAAGAUAUCAAAAUAUUGAAUUGGAUACCAUCCAAGACAGAUACUUCACGGCAACGUUAAUUUUAAUGUUGGCAGCUCAUGGUACGACAGAACUACCGUUUAAUUUUUUGGUUAUUUGUGGUACGACUACUUUUUUAUGCGCUGGACUUAUACUAAACUUCUACUUGUUCGCACAACUGAUGCAAACCUGGAAUACAUUUAUUCAUGUUAAAACUGCAACAAAUAGUAUCAGUCAGCAAUUUUGUGAGUACAUGAAGUACAAGGGUUUACCGAUAGAGACGCGGACAAAAAUUAUGGCGUUCUUUGAAUUUAGAUUCCAAAGAGACUUUUACCAUGAGAGAAGAAUGCAGUAUUUUAUAUCGGAAACACUGAGACACAGAAUAUUGAUGGAUUUACUCAGGAAUCAUGUGACUGGUACGAAUUUAUUCACUAUUCUACCCAAUGACGUGCUUCAUAAACUGCUACCUAGAAUAAAAACAGAGGUUUAUUUAGAAGACGAUAUUAUCUUCCGGAAAGGAAAAUUACAUGAAACUAUCCAUUUCAUACAUAAUGGAACUGUAGCUGUUUAUAACUGGGCUGGAUCAGAAAUUUGUCAUCUUGAAGAUGGAGAUUCAUUCGGUGAACUAUGCCUUUUAUUGGAAGAGAAGAAACUUGUUAGUAUUGUCGCUAUUGCUCCUAGCGAGAUUUUCCGAAUCAAAAAGCUCCACUUAUUAAAAGUACUUGAAGAAUUUCCCACAAUAAAACAAAAUGUUUUAUUGGACUGCCGCGAGAGAUUUCUCAGAGCAAGAACGAGUUAUUUUUGA